CUACACGCAACGUUGUGAGAAUUACAUUGUUGCACAUUAUCCAAGGGCUUAGAGACGCUAAAAUAACGCACAACAGGAUUCUGUGCACAUCUGCAUUGCAUUGGCUAUGUGGACGCUGCAACAACUACCGACAAAGAAUUCAUGUGAACAAUCUGAUGGAAGCUGAAUGCUCUUCAUUUAGUGCAACAUCUACAACAGUCUGCAGAAAUUUACAUUCUAGGGAGGAAGAGAAGUGGGUGUCUUCAUAUCCAAAAACUGCCUCAGUUUUAAGAAUACAUCAUGAUGAAAGGUUAUGCAUCUUAAGAGGCAUUGCGAGCCAGCUGUGAGGUUUCGUUGCCAAGGCAACUCAGACACCCACUCUAUAGUGCUCGGCUCACCCUUGCUGAUCAGGCACAUUGGUCAAGACCCACUAAAAGCGACUGAACAGCAAGAGAGGGAAAGAAAGGUGCCGUCGCAUAGACUGUACAUAAAAAGGAGAGAGGCUCGGGAGCGCGCAUACACGUCACAUCCAAUGGAUUUUGCAGAAAAUCCGACCCGGAGACUUCAGGAAAUAGGAACACUGGCCUUCAGAGUUUGGAAGGUCACCCUAAAUCAAGAAGAGCAGCUGAAGACAACCGCCGCUGGAUUCCACUAUGAUUUUGAUGCACUGCAGCCUCUCCGACUGACGGGUUUUCUCGACAGCAAGCUGGCAAAGAGCAACCAAGCUCACACAGGUGGGCCAGCAGCAUCCGAGAGAUUAUAGAUUUGGAAAUUACAGAACAACAGCAGGUCAGGGCACAUUGCCUUUUUGUAAUCCUAGUUUUCCACCUCACCAAUUCCGUUAAGAGCUGUCAGCGUGAAAUUGGCAGGCGAGUCCUGCGACGCAACACAUGUUCGCAUGCACUCGACUGAUCACAUGCUCCUCUAGCUGCUAGAAAAAUGCAGUAUUAGAGAAGAAAAUCUGAUGGAGUGAUGGCUUUUUUUUGUUUGCCUUUUUCUAUAAUCCAGCUCCUUGGCUCUCAAAUCCCUUUUUUGUUCUUGAGCCAUUAGAUUCUUUUAAUCGUCUUUGUUGCCAUCUUUUACUCCAUUUUUUUAAUUUGGUUCCUUUGUAUCAUCCACUGACCUGGAAAGUCAAGUGCUCAACUUAUCAAACUAUGAUGUAGAAUAUUCUAAAGUGCUCAGUUAGACUGGAAUGUUCAAACCCCACUGCUGUUUUCCAGACAGUUGCAAAUUGAAGCGAAGGGGAGGAAGUGAAGUUCCUCAAAGAAUAGUUUUCAUUGAAGAUAUCAUAAAGAUCAAGGAUCAAGACAAAUGCGGUGACAUGUCUCUGCACUUUCCAGGAUACUCGACUACAGAUAAAUGAAUGAGAUGGAAAGAGUUUAGAGUGUUGUAUUAUAUAAAGCUAUUGAAGAUGUCUGCAAAAGAACUUCAUUACAAGUCUGUGAGAAAACUCCACCCUUUUCCUCCUCUGGCUGUGAAGUUCAGCACGGUGGCUCGGUAGACAGAGCGUACGGACGUGGUCAAACCGAAUUACAGCGACAAUCUUGGACUCAUAGAGGACUGUAAUGGAACAGACACGGAUGACAGCCUAGCUUGUCUGGCACUGAGAUGUCAAAACCGCAGAGAGGGCUAUUCUUUCAACUGUCACUGCAAGGAGAAUAGAGCAGAUCACACACACGCCUACAAGCAGACUGAUUUUUUUUUUAGAGGCGAAAGACUGGUGUUUGUUUGAACCGUGGCAGUUCAGAAGCGUGAAAGAGAGAGCUGGAGGAGAUCCCAUGGUGUAGGGGGAAGGGACUGAAAAUAAAGAGCGGUAAAAGGCUCCACGGCAGCGGUGACACUUUAAAAGAGAAGGCUGACAGACGGCGGAUCAGCAGUGGUAGUUCACGGGCGAACAGUUUUGUGAGAUUCACACACUUUUGGAUUUAAAGCUUGUGUCGCUCAGUACGGCAAGUAGUACUGAGUCCAGGUUGGGCACGGUGGCAGGGGCCGGUUUAUGGCAGUGGGGCGGGCGCAUGCCGUCUGUGGCUCCGCAGCGAGAGGGACGCUUGGGCUGGGGAUGGGCCACAUGGGCACGAACUCCAAGGACGGGUGAGCUGAGGCCCUGGGCGCCCGUUGGAGCUGUGGCGGCAGGAGAACGCGGGGGCAUGCGUUGCUCCCUGCGCUUCUGUGUGGUCUUGGGAUCCCUGGCCCUCCUGUUCCUCACCUCGCUCUUCUUCUCCUUCUCCCUGAGAGGAGGAGCCGGGCUGCCUUACUUUGAACCCCCGGGAUGGGAAGAGUCGCGCAGGGUUAAGCUAGUUCCCAGCUAUGCUGGUUCCCACCGAGUGAUCCCAGCUGAGAGCGCUCAGCAGAAGACAUGUGCCUGCUCUCGGUGUGUGGGCGACCCAGGCGUUUCCGACUGGUUCGACGAGAACUACGACCCAGACAUCUCGCCUGUGUGGAUUCGGGACAACAUCCAGCUGCCUUCAGACGUGUACUACUGGUGGGUGAUGUUGCAGCCUCAAUUCAAACCCCACAACAUCCAGCAAGUUCUACAGAGGCUGUUCCAGGUCAUUCCAGGCCGUUCCCCAUAUGGUUCGUGGGACCCUGCCCGCUGUCUGCGCUGUGCCGUGGUGGGGAAUUCAGGAAACCUCCGCGGGGCAGGUUACGGUCCAAUGAUUGAUGACCACGACUCCAUCAUGAGGAUGAACCUGGCCCCCACUGUAGGGUACGAGGAGGAUGCCGGCAGCCGUACCACACACCACUUCAUGUACCCAGAGAGUGCCAAAAACCUGGCGGCCAACGUGAGCUUUGUGCUGGUGCCCUUCAAGACUCUCGACUUGUUGUGGAUCACUAGUGCUCUCUCCACCGGCCAGAUCCGCUUUACUUACGCUCCAGUGAAGCAGUUUCUGCGUGUGGAUAAAGACAAGGUUCAGAUCUUCAACCCAGCUUUCUUUAAAUACAUCCAUGACCGAUGGACACAUCAUCAUGGGCGCUAUCCCUCCACUGGCAUGCUCGUCCUGUUCUUUGCUCUACAUGUAUGUGAUGAGGUGAAUGUAUUUGGUUUUGGGGCGGACAGUCGGGGAAACUGGCACCACUAUUGGGAGCAGAACCGCUAUUCUGGAGAGUUUCGUAAAACAGGUGUCCAUGAUGCAGACUACGAGGCCCAGAUCAUCGACAAGCUGGCCAAGGCUGGCAAAAUCUCAGUGUUUCCUGGAAAGUGAAUCUGGGCACCAGGUGCAAAGAAAUGGACCAACUGAUGGACUAACCAUAAACAAAACCACCCAUUAUCCACUUGACACAACUAGUGUGCCUGUUAAACGUGAUCAAGAAGUAGUUUCAUGAUCUUUUUAUCAUUCUGUGCUGUCCUGAAGGGUCAGGAGUCUGGACAGUGUCCCCCAUAAUGUGGUGGUUUUGAGAGGAGAUGCUAGUAAAUGUGCGUUUCCUUGCAAGCAUACCUCAACUGGGACAAGGAACUUGACUUGGAAAGGAACACUAAUAUCUCACCACUAAACAGCAUGUUAGGUAUAUGUGCUGGGAAUGGAAUAAACUCAUAUUUAUGACUUUUGUUGAAUAGUGACGAUACGAGAACUCUCUCCGAUGUGUGCUCACGCCGAGGCCUGAUAGAUGAGUGAGAAAUACUAUCACUAUAGUGUAUCAUAGUACUCUAGUAGUUCUCUGUGAUUCAUUGAAGGGGCAGUUCAAAAAAAGAAAUUCUGUCAUCACUCUCCCUCAUAUCGUUCCAAACCUGUAUGAUAUAUAUAUAUACUUUAACUAUUAAUAUAUAUAUAAAAAAACUGUUGUCAAUGAAAGUCAAUGGGGCCCAAAGUUGUUUUGCACCAUUGAAUUUGAAGAAGAAAAAAUGCCACAGAGACAUUUAUCAAAACAUCCCCAUUUGUGUUUCUUAGAAGAAAAAGUUGGACAGGUUUAGAAUGACUUGAGGCUGAGGAAAUCAUAGAAUUAAUUUUUUUUAGGAGAACUAUCCCUUUAACUAAAAGCUUGGACAUAAUGGCGGGUCGCUUCACUAUUCCUCACGUCAUCGGGCAUAAACCAAGCUUUACACUGUCUUAUAAGAUAUUUUAUGUUUAGUUGUUCAUGUUUAAAAUGAUCCUGCUAACAGUUUGCCAUCACUGUGUGCUUGCAUCAGUCAGAACAACUUUGCUUUUUGGUUCGUUUUUUGUUUUUGCUAAUUACAUCUGAGUACUGAUCGUUCUUCUGGUCUGAGGAGGAUGGACAGAUCCUAUAAAACCAGAUACGACUGACGCAGUCCAGUAUGAACACAUAUGAGCAAUAUUCAGAACACGUGGAGUACAUUUAGAAAUCAACGCUAAUAAAGCUGUGGUGAUUGUUCUCGAGAUGCACUGUGAACGGUAGUAGCGCUUCGUUGUUGAUCUACAGCACUUAAAUCUAACCUACUGAAAUAGUGUUAAAUGAUGGAAAGGAACUGCAAAAUGCAUUGAGAGAAAUAAAACAUAAGCUUUCAUUUAUGAAGCCUGAUGAAUUUGCGAUACAAUUGAAAGGGUUAGUUCACCCAAAAAUGAAAAUUAAGUCAUUAAUAAUUACUCACCCCA